AGGUCUAGUAAGGACCGUUGGAUAAAAGAAGCAACACUCGGCGGAGCUACACCCAGUGACCUACAUACUCAACAUGGCAUCGACCACCACACGGCCAGUAGUGGCCAUUGCAGGGGCUACUGGCCAUCUCGGAAAGCACGUGGCCUCGGCUUUCCUCUCCUCUCAUUUCAGCAGUCGUUUCUCGGAAAUCGUUCUCCUCUCGCGGCAAGGCGCACAACCAGAUGUCGCUGGUCCAGCUACCGAUAUCAAGCUCACGGUGCGACAAUAUGACGAGGACAAUCUUGUCGAUGCGCUCAAAGGCGUCCACAUCCUCGUGAACACCGUGGGAGCAUCCGGCCACGCAUUCAAAGAGAGGCUCCUCCGCGCUUUACCGCAAACCCAAGUGGAAGUAUACUUCCCAUCCGAAUUUGGCGUGGACCACUACGUGCACGACUUUCCGCAUUUGGAGUGGGAUCAGAAAAAGAGGCACGUUACCCUGGCACAACAGCUUAUCCCUGGAACCAAAGUCUGUCGGGUGUUCUGCGGGCUAUUUCUGGAAGACAGUAUUGGGCCGUGGUUUGGGUUUGACACCAAGGAUGGGAAGUAUGAGAGUGUGGGCUCGUCGCAAUCGCCCGUGUCAUUUACCUCGCUUGGAGAUGUUGGGAAAGCGGUUGCCUCGUUGGCUGCUUUGCCCAAGGAGCAGAUCCCAGAGACGGUCCAUGUUGCGGGGGAUACGCGGUCUAUCUCGGAGAUUGCGUCGCUGAUGGGCGAGGCAGGUGCUGGGCAGAUCCAGGUGACGGAGAUCGACCUCCAGCAGUAUAAGGAGGAGGCCACGGCGAAGGAAUCAAAAGAUCCGGCUCGCUUUUUGCGGUUCUUGAUGGGGGAGAAUAGGAUCAAUCAUACUGAGGCGGGAUUGGGAAAUGAUGAUGAGUUGGUGAACCCGGAUCAGCGGGCAUGGAAGUGGGAGACUCUGGUGGAUUUGGCGAAGCAGACACAUGGACAGCCUUGGAAGGACUUUGUAUGGCCUCCUCAGUAGGAAGAAUACUCGAGCGGGGGAGUUGGAGAGCGCCAGGGUGAUUUAGGCUACCAAAUUGACUCUAUAUGAUCUUCG